AUGUCUUCUCUCAAUCUCGAGCUCGUUGCUCCCUCUACCCACCAUGUCAAUAGCCAGUGCCCUCAAAAGCAUGAUAUUUCUGCUUUGGCAGGGCAUGCCGUUCUCUCGGCGACUUCGUUUUCACCUCUGGUCAAUGUGACCGAGAUUCACGUUCGGCUCAUUCAAGUCGUGAUAUCUACAAACGACAGCAAAAACACUCGGCAGACUUUGUAUCCUUCAUUCUGCAAUCCAACGAACAAGUCGCCCCAGCCGGGUUCAAGAAUUGAACGAACCCUUCGAGACAUGUCUCUGCCGAUAUCGUCUAAAGAAGGAUUUGAGACUUCUCCAGGGAGAAUUGUCUCAAAGUACAACUUCUACUUGGUCAUUCCAACAAACAUACCCGCAACGACAAAAACACCUCUUGGAACCAUCACGUACAUGAUAGAAGUCACGGUAGCGACAUCGAAAUAUGGAAUUAUCACCCACCGUCGACCCCUAAAGAUCAACCGCCAGAUGAUUCAGUCUGAUCCGACAAAGACUCAGCAUCACCUAAACUUCCCAACCUCGAACGCCAUACAAGGAAUGACCCUGAUACAAAAUUCAACACCGAGGUCUGGACCAAGGAUCUCAUUCACGGCUAAAAUACAUACUCAUUGGGAGACGGCCCCAGCGAACCGCGCAACAGAGCUCCAUCAUCUUGUGGUGCGAGAGCUGAGGUGGCAUGCUGAAGAGAGAGUCAAGAUCAUGAGCAAGUCUGACAGCUCAGAAAAAUAUUUUAUCUGCGAACGACAGUCAGUCCGCAAGUUGAGUGAUGGAAGUACGAAAGGAUACUGGGGAUUUGGUUGCAAUCCAUACGUUAAACAACCACACGGACAGAACAUUGAGGGAGGAGAAAAACCAGCUAUUUGUAUACCGUUUGAUUUCACAAUCCCAAAACGGGCAGUGAUCGUGGAUGACAUCGACCUGGCCUCAUAUGAGAUUGGAGGCGAUAGGACUGGCCAUGCUACACAGUGUGGUCUUCCUGGGGAAUUUUCUUUCUCCUCACUGGGCAAGAUGACGAAGGGAAUUACUGUUCACCAUCAGUUGAAGAUUGAACUUGUUACCGGCGAAGAUGUGUUUCAUAAAGGUACCGGCAAGCUUGUGGAACGGAAAUGGUUGCGGACUAUUGUAUGCUCUGCAGUUCCCUUCAGUGUUUGUGAAGUAUCUAUCUAG